AGAAAGGCGGGGACCCGUGGCAAGGCUGCAGCCACCAAGCAGGCCCAACGAGGCUCUUCCAAUGUCUUUUCCAUGUUCGAGCAAGCCCAGAUCCAGGAGUUCAAGGAAGCCUUUAGCUGCAUCGACCAGAACCGUGAUGGCAUCAUCUGUAAGUCAGAUCUGCGGGAGACCUACUCCCAGCUCGGGAAGGUGAGCGUUCCGGAUGAGGAGCUGGAUGCCAUGCUGCAGGAGGGGAAGGGCCCCAUCAACUUCACUGUCUUCCUCACACUCUUUGGGGAGAAGCUCAAUGGGACAGACCCCGAGGAAGCCAUCCUGAGUGCGUUCCGUAUGUUCGACCCCAGUGGCCAGGGGGUGGUGAACAAGGAUGAGUUCAAGCAGCUGCUCCUGACCCAGGCAGACAAGUUCUCUCUGGCCGAGGUGGAACAAAUGUUUGCCCUGACGCCCAUGGACCUGGCGGGGAACAUUGACUACAAGUCCCUGUGCUACAUUAUCACCCAUGGGGACGAGAAAGAGGAGUAAGCAGGAGGCGGGGCCCUGGGGGCACCUCAAUAAA